AACCUUUCUAACAAAACAUAAACAUGUAUUAAGAUAACGUGAAACAAUCACUUUAACCAUGUUUUGUAAUACAAUACGUACAUUUUUGUAUAGGGGUGUUCAAACUCCAUUUAGACGAAAUCUCCACAAACCUGCUAUUCGUAUAGUGGAAGUGGGUCCCAGAGACGGUUUACAAAAUGAAGCCAUACAUGUCCCCACAGAUGUAAAAGUAGAAUUUAUUAACAAAUUAUCAGAGACUGGUUUACAAACCAUAGAAGUGACAAGUUUUGUUAGCCCCAAAUGGGUACCGCAAAUGGGAGACAACACUGAAGUAUAUACAAAAAUUAACAAAAAACCGUCUGUAGCAUACCCAGUUUUGGUACCCAACGUCAAGGGUUUAGAGAGUGCUGUGUCAGUGGGAGCCAAAGAAAUCGCGGUAUUUGGUUCCGCAUCUGAAGGUUUUGCGCGUAAGAACACUAACUGUUCCGCUGAGGAAGCCCUAGACAGAAUAAAGGAAAUUGUAAACAAGUCGCAGAUUCUAGAUGAUACUUUAAAAAUUAGAGGUUAUAUAUCGUGUGUUGUUGGUUGCCCAUACGACGGCCACAUCAAGCCCGAAGCGGUAACUAAAGUUUGUGAAUUUCUGCUAAGUUUGGGAUGUUAUGAGGUGUCUUUGGGUGACACCAUCGGCGUAGGGACUAAAUCAACAGUGGAACCCAUGUUAAAAGAUCUUUUAAAAAUUACUACAGCUGAUAAGCUUGCUAUACAUUGUCAUGAUACAUAUGGCCAAGCGCUAGUCAAUAUUUGCACAGCUCUUGAACACGGGAUUAAAGUUGUUGAUUCUUCAGUUUCUGGCCUUGGAGGAUGUCCUUACGCGGUAGGGGCAACCGGAAACGUAGCAACCGAGGAUUUGGUCUACAUGUUACAUGGACUAGGAGCUGAAACUGGAGUAGAUUUAAAGAAAUUAAUUGAUGCUGGACACUACAUUUCUGAAAAGAUUAAUAAACCUACGGCGUCGAGUGUCAAUAAGGCGCUUUAUAAGAAAUACUUUUAACUUUUUGCCAAUAAAUUGUUGUUUGAA